AUGCUUGGUUCAGUUGCUCCUGGUAUUAAUAGCGGGAUAAAUAUGGAGAACUUGCAGCAAAUAAAUUCUGAGCAAAAAGAUAUACCAAUGGAAGAUUUUCACGCGAGGCAAGAACUGGCUGGAUCUUCCGAGACUUCACAAGACAAUUUUAGUGGAUUUCCUUCUCUUCAGAGUGGGAGUUGGAGUGCACUGAUGCAGUCUGCUGUAGCUGAAACUACUAGUAGUGAAGUGGGUAUACAAGAGGAACGGAGUGGUCUAAGUUCUCGGAAUACUGAACGGUCAUUUCCAAAAGAAGGACCUUCACCCAUUGAUAGCAACAAACAACAAUCAGUUUGGCCUGAUAAUAAUUUGCAGUCAUCCCCCAAUAUAAACUCAAGGCCUUUAAUUCGUCAAGAUGAACUUAGCAGGCCCAGUUCUACUGUAAACUUUUCUGUUCUUCCUGGAUUUCAUCAGCCAGGUGCUGAUACUGCACAAGAAUCAAAUGCAACCAGUUCAGCCCUGUAUCAAUUAACAAAAUUGCCUUAG